UACCCUGGCAUGAAAGGGUCAACAGAAGGAAGAAAGAUUCAGAAGGAGAGACACGGGAUUUAGAAAUCACUUGACAAGCUACUGAGGAAUUCCUGAGGGAAAGCAAUUACAAAACGCUUCUCCAUCUAGAGCACCAGAGGACAUUUCUACUCUCCUGCAACAUGGGGCUUUACAGAAUGGCCAUCUUCAUCUUCCUCCUCCCACACAUGGCACGGAUGACAGAAAUUUCUCCUGGGUUCAAAAUCCGCAUCACGUCCAAAGGACUGGAGUUGUUGAAACACGAGACUCAGAGGUUUGUGGAACAAGAGCUGGGAGGUAUCACCAUGCCAGAGAUGCACGGCAAGAAGGGGAAUCUCCAGUACUCCAUUACAGAUAUAAAGAUUACAGAGCUGAACCUGACUGCAGAUUUGAGUUUCCAGCCUGUAGAUGGACUGCUGUUUGAUGUACAGAACUCAUCUAUUACCCUCAACUUCCAGAGACGUGUGAUCUACUGGUUGAUACAAGAUGUGGGUGCCAUCAACGCCUCUGCAGAAGGCGUAUACAUCAACACCACACUCCAUCUUGCUAAAGAUGAAGAGGGCCGUCUGAAGAUUGCCAACGUCAGCUGUGAUGCUUCCAUUGCCAAGAUGAGGGCCAAAUUUGGUGGGACUUUUGGGAGGGUCUACGACCUUGUAGCCACAUUCAUGAGCACAGGAAUGCGCUUCAUAUUGAAUCGGCAGAUUUGCCCUGCUCUUAAUCACGCUGGCCUUGUCCUGAUCAACCAACUGCUGGAGACGAUUCCAGUGCAUGCAGAAGUGGAUUAUUAUGUCGGCAUUGACUACUCACUAUUGAGUGACCCAGUGGUUAGUGGUACGAGUCUUGAUAUGGAUUUUAGGGGGAUGUUCUACAACCUGCAGAACAAGCAUGACAUCUUGGAGAAUUAUUCUGUGAAUCCAGUGUUGAACAAGUACAAUCACAUGAUCUACAUGGCUCUCUCUGAGUACUUUUUCGACAGUGGACUCUACUCAUAUUUCAAAGGAGGCGUGUUCAGGAUGCGCAUAGCCAAUGAACGAAUGCCUAAAGACUUGGAGAUGCUUCUCAGGACCACCUACUUUGGAGCAAUCAUGCUACUGAAUCCGGCUUUGAUGGAUGCUCCAAUCUCAUUGGAGAUGGAGGUAACAUCAGCUCCUAAGUCUACCAUCAAGCCUUCAGGGGCAACAGCAACCGUGCACGCUGGUGUCCGAGUGCUGCUCUUACCUCCAGGAAAGUCACCUGUUCAGCUCAGCAGUAUGACCAUGGAGUCCAAAUUCAAUGCUAAGGUGUACAUGAAGGAGAAGAGACUGGCUAUACUGCUGGACCUAAGAAGGUUUAAAAUCUUUUCUAACCAGUCUGCUCUGGAGUCGUUAGCGCUGAUUCCACUGCAAGGACCGCUGAAGGCUCUGCUCCAAGUAACUAUUGUGCCAAUGUUAAACAAUUACACUAAAAAAGGCGUACAGAUCCCUCUGCCAGAUGGAAUAGACCUCAUUGAGGACAUAGUCGAGUAUCAUGAUGGCUACAUCACUGUUGGAGCCGAUCUCCAUUUCCGCAGCGGAUUGAAGGAGCUGAUUGAGAAGACGUCUUAAGAUCCUGACAUAUUUACCACUGUUAUUUUAAACUUCCUUUCAUACGUAUGUUUAAUAAGUUCUUGCUAAAUAAAUAGACAACUCCACCCAAAUAUUUUAAAACUUGUGCUAGAAAUGUACAUGGAUUUUACCCUUACAGACGGUGUCCUUGGUUUUAGCUACAUAUGAUGUGUACUUUGUUGUAAUUGAAUUAAUCACUACUGUAUUAAUCAGAAAUAUGCAUCUACUGCACACUGGUUAAAACAUUGUGUAGGAUUUGUUAAUAGAAGACUUGUACUGUUGUUCCAGGUGCUUUUAAGCAUUUUACAAAAAUAUCUUAAACAAAAAAAAUAUAUAUAUAUAUAGGCAAGUAUUUCUUCA